UCACUUCGGUUUUGAUGCAAUCGGGCUGUCAUCGUGCGGGGUGGGUGCUCGCGACCGAAUCCGUAGAAGAAACUGAACGAGACGUGGCCGAUACACUGCCGAUAGCAGCGUCGCGCGAAAAUCGAGCGAAAGCAGUGCAUUUGCAAGGGGAAAACAAACGGCCGGCCGGCAGCGAACACACAAACCAGCGAAGGCGAUGGGUCUGUGCAAGUGUCCCAAGCGGCAGGUGACGACGCAGUUCUGCUUCGAGCAUCGGGUGAACGUUUGCGAAAACUGUAUGGUGGUGAACCACACGAAGUGCACAGUGCAGUCAUACAUCCAGUGGCUGAAGGAUAGCGAUUUCGACUCCAACUGCACCCUUUGCGGCAGUCCCCGUGAAAGCGACGACUGUGUGCGGCUCAUCUGUUACCAUGUCUUUCACUGGAAGUGUCUGAAUGCGAGACAGCAACUGCUGCCUGCGAACACGGCACCCGGCGGCCAUACCUGCCCGAUCUGCAGCGAGCCCAUGUUUCCGCCCAGCAAUCUGGUGUCGCCGGUCGCGGACGUGCUGCGUGUCCGGCUCGGGCAGGUGAACUGGGGCCGGAACGAGCUAGGCUUACCGUUGAUUUUGGAUGAGAAGCACGACACCGCCGGCUACACAAAGGUUUCCUCCAGUUCCGCCGGCGAGCUGAUGGUGGGCCAGAACGGUGCCGGCACCAUGACAGGCUACAGCGACGGGCUGGCUGGUGGGCGUGCAAUCGGGGGCAACGGGAGCAACCUGGCGUCGAGCAAGGAACGGCCCGAAACGCCUCAUUCGGUGCUAAAUCUCGACCCGUACGUCAACAUCGGUAAGCACACACACACACACACACACACGCGGUACAACCCAACCGUGGUUGAUCCAAAAGCUCUUUUACACCUUCUUUACAACGUUCUCGCACACAGCAAACAGCCGCCGGACGACACUGCUCGCCCGGGAGCCACCGAUCGGUGGGUCCGACCGGGACGACAACAAGUACAAGCGGCGCACGCCGAAGGAAAUCUUCUCGCGCUGGUCCCGCCGGCUGUACGCACCGUCCGCCCGGCCCGUUUGGCGCAAGACCUGGUUCCUGGUCGGCACCGGGCUGCUCGGGUUCGUCUGCAUCGUGUACGUGAUGGCCACGAUCAGCCGAGGGGACGACCAGGGCGACCGGGAGCUCGGCGGCUUCGUGCCCAACCGUAACCUGCCGCACGCGGAAGAGUGACGGCGAGCGGGGUAACUCGGCCAGCGGCCUCCUUUUGAUUGAAGGUGUAACCGUCGGAUUAGCAAAACGAAAGAAAAAAAAACGAAACAUUCUCUGCUCCCAAAUGUGAUGUAUGUGUGCAUGCGUGUGUAUGGAUGUGUUUGACUGUGUGUGUGUGUGUGUGUGUGUGUGUGUGUGUGGGUACGCUCCGGUGAGAAAGAGAACGAUAUAUGUUGGUGCGUGUGUGUGUAUGUAUAGAGAGAUGGGAACGACAGCAUGUCGAGUGGGCGGGCAGGAAAGGUUGAGCUGUAUCACUAUAUAUUAAUAUUUUAAUUGUUUUCAAUUAUAAAAAUACAUUAUCUAUUAAUAAUUUCAAAUUAAACCGCAAA